AUUUCACGUACGUUACAUGCACAUUACCAUUUCAUCCGAAUUCCGCCGCAUUUUAUUAGAAUUUCAGCUUCAUUUCUGUCGAAGGCAUGAAUCGGGUGCGAACGCGAAGCCCUGUUUACGUCAGGCAGAAGAGCAUUUCCAGCUCAACCGGUGCGUCUCCCAUGAUGUCUCCCAUGCACCGCCACAUGCGGUCAGGAUCGAUCGGCGUGGGUAACUCCAGACGGCCGCAGAACAAUGCGGCGAAAGCUGCUGCUCAGAGGCUUGCGCAGGUCAUGGCCCACCAACAGACGGAUGAUGAAGAUGACGAUGAUGACGAUGAUAUGUCUGUUGAUUAUGAGCCGUUGAGUGCUUCCAGUAGCAGUAUUGGGAUUGCUGCCGGGAGGGCUAUGAAGCCUCCUUCUCCCAGGUCUUUACGAUCUCUUGGCCCCCCUUCUCCUAGGGCGGCACGAUCUCCCUCCCCUGCGUUAGGUCGUAACUUUGGAGAACACACUCCGACUGUUCGUUCUACAUCAUCUGGUCGGCCAGCUAUAUCAGUGAUGCCACCUGCUUUGGUAUCCACUAGCAAACCAUCAUUAAGGCCGAUCUCUUCUCCACAUGCAGCAGAGCCUCCUGCUGAAAAUCGAAGAGACAAAAGGCAUAUUUGGUCCUCAGCAGAUAUGGGGAAUUUUAAUAUACGAGAAGCUGGGAAACAGCGUUCUACUUCAGCUCUUCAGGACGAGCUUGAUAUGGUACAGGAAGAAAAUGAAAGUAUUGUUGAGAAGCUUCGACUUGCGGAAGAGAGGUACGAGGAAGCGGAGGCUAGAGCUAGGCAGCUUGAAAAACAGGUUGCUUCUCUUGGAGAUGGCGUAUCACUAGAAACCCGUCUAUUAAGUAGGCAAGAGGCUGCCCUGCAGCAAAGGGAGGCUGCUUUGAAAGCUGCAGCACAAACAAACGGUGUUGGGAAUGAAGAGAUUGCAGCCCUUCGGUUGGAAGCAGAGACUGCUAGAGAUGAGGCAGUUUCUUCUGUGGAACAGCUCCAAGAAGCUUGGAGUGAAAUUAGAUCCCUUCGAGCAAUGACACAAAGAAUGGUUUUGACUGAAGAAGAGAUGGAGGAGGUAGUUCUUAAGAGGUGUUGGCUUGCACGAUAUUGGAGGUUAUGUGUUCAGCAUGAUAUUCAUGCAGAUAUUGCUGGACCAAAGCAUGAAUAUUGGUCAUCUUUAGCCCCACUUCCUCUUGAGGUUGUCUUAGCUGCUGGACGGAAGGCUAAAGAGGAAUUCUCAACAGAGAAAGGUGAUAUGGAGGAAAGGGAUAAAGUUCAACGGGAUUUGAAUGAUCUGAAUGGCGAGGGAAAUAUUGAGAGCAUGCUUUUAGUUGAAAAGGGCUUGCGCGAACUAGUUUCACUAAAGGUAGAGGAUGCUGUUGUGCUUGCAAUGGCUCAACAUCGACGCCCAAAUUCUUUGAGGCAUGGUCAUCCUAACCCAGAUGCGGAGCUUUCAAAGCUAGCAAUUGAGGGUCAGAAUCUUCUAGAAGCAUUUGAAUUGAGCCAGGAGGAAUCUGAAGAUGUACACUUCAAGCAGGCUUGGCUUACAUAUUUCUGGAGAAGAGCAAAAAGUCAUGGGUUGGAAGAGGACAUUGCUGAUGAGCGGUUGCAGUUUUGGAUCAACCAAAGUUCUCAGCCACCCACUUCACAUGAUGCAGUCAGCGUGGAGCGGGGUCUGAUGGAGCUAAGGAAAUUAGGGAUUGAAACUCAACUGUGGGAGGCACCCCGCAAAGGGAUGGAUGAUACUACUUACUAAAACACAAUCCCAAUCGGAGUUUUGAGGCCUCGAAUUGAGGUUUUUUUUUUUUUUUUUUUGCUUGAAUUUGUAGUUCAAUUCAUUCAUUUAUUUUUGUGUUAUCUAUUCAUUGAAAUGAAGCCAAUUUUUUGUAACAUCAGAGUGGUUACUGUUCAGAAGCCACAAUUAGCUGAUUGUUUGAUUGAUUAUCAUAUACAAUAGACAAUCUGUUAGAGAAUGUUUGGAUGCACACGGGUGAAUUGGGAAGAGGAAUUGACUAAAUUGUAAUUAGGUGAUGUAGGUCCCUCCAGUUUGAGGGCUGUUCUCUUGUUAUUAUAGUUGAAAUGGGCCGA